AUGAUAUCGUUAAUGCUGAUUUUAUCUUUGGAUUGUGACAUCAAAUGUGCUAUCAUCUUCUUCCCAUACACAAAUCGGGAGAUAACGUUAAAACAUUCAGUUAUUUCUCGAGUUCGGUCUGAUGAAGACGCACCAUUGAACAUUCUCAAAGGAAUGAAAAAUAAGGAAGAUCAAUUGUGA